UGAUGGCAUGGAGGAAGAGGAGGACGCAGUGGAGGGCAGGGACUCUAGCCUCUCUGGAGCUGAGUGUGACCAGGACCCUGAGAGCCAGGGGAGCACCAGACCAAAGAAGCGCAGGUGCUUCUGGGAGUACAGCCACGGCCACGAGGCGGGGAGCAAGCGGGAGGGGGGCAAGCUGCCCGUGUCCUGGAGUCCGAGCACUCUGCCGAGUACCCUGUACCUCAAAGAGGACACCUCGGCCAGCGGAAAGAAAUGCCAGCGGAAGGCUCGCAAGACAGAUGCCAGCGACCUGACGCCCAACCCGCAGAAGCUGUGCCACAUCGGCGACCAGCUGCUCCGGCUCAACGCCGCCAUCGAGGGAAUGCGGCCAGUCAACGACCUGGCCGUGAUUGCCAGGGCACGCUCCCGCAAGGAGAAGAACAAACUGGCCUCCAGAGCGUGUCGCCUAAAGAAGAAGGCCCAGCACGAGGCUAACAAGAUCAAGCUGUGGGGGCUGAACCAGGAGUACGACAACCUGCUGGGGGCACUGUUGCGGAUCAAGGAGAUCAUACGGCAGCGAGUGGAGAGCAGCGAGGAAGAGAAGGAGCCGGGGAUGACGCAGAGGCUGGAGAGCAUACUGAAGGAAUCGGCCGGUCCUCGCGUGGCCGGGCGGACCAAAGAGUUUGUGGAGAAGAUCCUGGAGUGCAGCGCCGUGGGGCAGGGGACCAAACGCCCCCAGAAGAAGGACCCGUCUGCCUGACGUUCCGCGACCAUGUCAUCCCCCUCCCCCUCCUUGUCAUUUGCACUUUCUUACCCAGAUGAAGACGAGGAGAGACAUGGUCAGAGGCGAAGUAGCUUCUCAAUUAUCUUUCAUUAGGCUUGCAUUCUCAUGGUAUUCUCAGUGUCUUGCUUUUGAUCGUUUUAGGGAAAACAAUGUCCACAGACUUUGGUAGCAGUAUUUACUCUUUUCUGAAUGCUGUUCAAUGCAAGCUUGCUGCUACGGUUCUAGUGUGUGUUGGUAGGCGUGUGUGUGCGCGCGUGUGCGCGCAUGGUUUAUCUCCCCUGGCUUAGAAUAUUUUUAUCCCAUUGUGCCUAAAAAAAAAAAAAAAGACACUGUGCUCCGCUCAUUGUAAGUGUUGGCCGUGGUCAGAAGGUUUUAUAUGGAGCACGGGGGACAGGAAAUUAAACAGACUGUGAGCUGAGUUCUUGUAAUUGUGAAAAAUG